GUUGUACAGGCUCUGACAGUGCGUUUGUAAGUUACUCCUCUGACUGUUGGUCUGUCGCCUGUUGACAGUUACUAGCUACUGUAUCGCAUGCCACUGUUCAAACGGAGUGUCUUUAAGUUAGCUCUACAACCAAACUGACAACUUCAGGAGUGAACACAAACUACUUUUCAGUUGCUUCGAGUCCCAAUGGAUACUGUUCAGAAAUUGAUGUCUGGAUUUUCCCUGGAUCUGGGACCACUGAAAGAACCUCUUGGAUUCAUUCGUGUCCUGGAAUGGGUCUUCACCAUCUUUGCCUUUGCUACCACUGGAGGUUACUCUGGGACAACCCACUUCAAUGUCAAAUGUCCAGGAGCGCAGGACGUGCAGCCUGUAGAGCCUGUGUUUGGCUACCCAUUCAGGUUGUCAGCGUACCCCUAUAAGAUACCAUCAUGUAACAGCACUCCAUCCAACGUCACCUACCUGCAGGGCGACUUCUCCUCCUCGGCAGAGUUCUUUGUGUGUGUCGGCGUAUUUGGGUUUCUUUAUUGCACCGCCACACUGAUCCUCUACCUGGGCUACCAGAAUGUCUACCGCCAGACCACCCGUGGUCCCAUCAUCGACCUCCUGGUGACCGCUGCCUUUGCCUUCCUGUGGCUCGUGUGCUCCUCAGCUUGGGGCAAAGGCCUCACUGAUGUCAAAUGGGCCACGAACCCUGAGCACCUGGUGGAGUCGUGCAAGGAAGUCUGUCAGGCAGGAGAGUUUCCCUCCAUGGGCCGCCUCAACGCCUCCGUGAUCUUUGGCUUUUUGAACUUGAUCCUGUGGGCAGGUAACUGCUGGUUCAUUUACAAGGAGACCCCUUUCCACAAGGACCCCAACCCACCGGCCACCAUGGAGGAAGGAGGGGCCCCCGGGCCUUAACCACAUCACUGACGAUCUUCAAGCAUCAGCCUGUACCCACAGCAGAAGUGCUUUUUGCCCAACACUGGUCUCUUAUGUCAUCUUGCAGAAAUGGAAACAAAGAAUGAAUGAACACCUCCCAACACUUGUCAGAACUGUUUUUCAGUUACAGGUCUUUAGCUGAAGUUUAACUUGUCCCCAGUGACUGAAAAACUUUCUGUUCUCUAUUUUUUUAAUCUGUCAUCAGCUCCCAGUUCCCAUAUUCCUUGAAAACACUAAGUGUGAACACAAACUAAAAUACUGAAACACUAAGUACAAAGGAGCUCCUGUGUUGAAACCUGAAACUGUCUGAUGUGGUGCUCAGAGCAGCAGACCUACAGUGCAUUUGCUUCCACAGCAGCACAUCGUCCACCCCUGAGGUCUGCCCUUCAGGGAGAUCAACCUGAACCUGAACCUCUGCUGGUCCAUGGUCUGGGAAAAAGGCAAAGGACCAACAGAGGUUCAAAUCAAACAGUAUUUAAACAUUUAAAGUGGGAGCAAAUGCACAUGUGGGCCCUGCUCUUCUUCCGUGAAAUAAUCUGUAAGAGGAAGUGCUACAGUUCAGACUGAACAUGUCACUUCAACUUCACUGGAUGAGUCAAAAGCUUGAAGGUCAAAAUAUUUUGAGUGAUCCUUUUCCUCCCUGUUUAAAACAGCUGAUUGCACAGACCUGGUAAAUAAUCAGACCAUGGUGUGUGUUAAACCAUCUAACACUUAAAUUAACCGCCACAUGAAAUAUAUUACAGAACCACAUGGUUGUUACAGUUUCAGCACACUUUGAUUUUCUAGUGUUUAAUUGUUUACAGCAAACAGCACACACUAAGUAAAAGGAAAUUCACACUACAAUCUACUGUAAACUUGUUGAGGCAGACACUUUCAGGUUGUGAGACACCUGUUUAUAUUUGCAGCCUGUGUCCAGACCUAGGCCGGCUCUCUCCAGGUUUACUCCAGUAGCUCACAGUGACUGAUGUCAGGCCAAACCUCAUUCAGCUCCUGUUUGAUCCAGAUAUUACAUUUAGCCUGUUCGUUAACACUAAGACUCAUCCUUGUUUGAACUCUCUUUUGAAAAGGUGCCUUGCAGUGACAUUAUUUAUGUAUUUUUAUCUACAUUAAUUGGUCUGUUGGAUAUUUUUAAACCAAUGUUGGGUUUCUGUUUGUAUUUCCUAAUGGAAAAGUGUCAGUGUGCAGCUUCUCUUUGAUUUAUUUGGUCAUCCACUGAAUAGCAUUAGGUCCAUUGAUCAUAAAUGGUUCUAUUCUCAACAUAAGUGAUGUAAUCCUGCUGUAUUUCUUUAUGAUCCUGCCCAUACUUCUGCUCUUCAUGUAACCGGACAUUAGAAGGCUUUACUGAAGCCCUGUAGUUGUUCUGAGUCACUGUUGAUAACUUGUCGACAUGUUGAACAGUUGCUUUGCACUCAGAGGGAUUGAAUUAUCUCUAAUAUGAGCCUAUAUAUUUGCCCAAUGACUCAAAUCUUAACAAUAGUGCAGCUGUUUAUUUCACAGCCCAGCGAAUGUAUGAGGGACUGUUUGAGUAUCUGUAAGUAAAGUAAUAUAUUUUCCACAUCAUAUUGAGAUUAGACAUAAAGUUUAUUAUAUAGUAAGUUACUUUAUCAGUUUUAAAAGAUAAGUCUUAGUUGAAGUGAAGCACAGUGAUAUGUGGAUGUUUAUGGUUUAUUGACUUCAUGUAUUUUAUGCCUUCUUUGUGCUAAAGGAAAACAGUGGUUUAUCUGUACUGAUGUGUAAAAACACGAGAGCUGCAACUGCU